CUUAGAUAAAAAAGGAAUAUGCCUUGCAGUUUGGAUCAGUGAUGGAAAAGUGCAAUUGUGGAACAUUGUAACUAGAAAGAGGCUGAGAAAUAUGUUUGGCCACCUGUCUGUAAUUGGAGCUGGAAUCAUUGUAUUCUGAGCAGGCUAUGACCUGGUGUCCUUGGCAGUCAAAAGUCCUUGUUACAGAAGGUGGAAUGAAAGAUGGGAUUUUGUGUGUCUGGCACAUGGAUUGUGAGAAAAUCAUCCAAAGUGCAAUUACAGAUUCGCAGUUACAGAAUAGAUGAAUUGGAAAAUAGUUUUCUUGGAGCUCAUCGGACAUCCAUUCCUGAAGAAGAACAGCAGAUAUUUGAGAUUAUGGUAUUUCCUCAUUGUCAGUUUGACUGGCCUCCCUUUGAUAAUGACAUAAUGCCCCUCAAGCUGAAUGAUGCUGCUGAGCUGAAUAAAUAUGUGCAACUUUUGCUUCUGCCUGACUUUUUUGAAGAUGUUGAACCUGGCACACUCUGCCAGGUGGCUGGCCGGGAAGACACAUCACCAGGGAGAUUCAGGUGGGCCAUUAAUCUGUGCUGGUCAGUUCAGUGGGAUGGUUUCUUUUAG